AUGACAACCAACGAUCAGCAACAAGAUGCUCAGUCAUCAAAGAGAGGCUCGGUUCUUCUCCCGCCGUCGCCGCGACCCAUCACCCGUCGCAUCAUCUCGGAUCGCGACCAUCCGCACAGCACCCAGUCCCUUCCAUCCACCGGCACCAUGCGACCCAAUCUAUGGAAUGCCGUACGUCAGCGUGUCCGUGUUACCUCUGCGCUCAAGAAACCAGGCGACUCUUCCCAACGUCGAUCUCGCGCUUUUGAGGAUGAGCGUAGAUUCGACGAUGAGGGCAUCACCUCGGAUACGCUUCGCUCCGAUAUUGACCAUCUCUUGGCACCAGGACAGUACGCAGAACAAUGGCAAUCGCUCGCUCACUUGUUUGACGCUGCUGAGGGAAACGGUUCUGGUCCAUCUCUCUCGAGACUGCGGCAAAGCAGGAGGACGAAACGCCUUUCCUUGGCUCACCAAAGUCGCAAUGUGUCGUCCUCACCCUCACUAGCGGAUGUGGAACCGUCUUCCGCUGAAAGAUCUGCUCUCUUUCGGCGACCAGCGUCAUACGUACAGCCCAGUGAUCCAGAAAAUCCCGACGACUCGCUUGCCAGUUUCGCAGGGUCUUCUUCGCUCAAAGGCAGCUCGAGCUUCAAGCUUCGGCCUCGCACAUCGUCUUCCAUCCGAGAGCCGCUCGUGCAAAAUCGAGCAAAGAGGGCAGCGUCUGCACUGCCCUCGAUGGUGGACUCACAAGCCCCUACUCACUCCAGCUUGCACGAUUUGUUUGCUCCUCGUGCGUCACUAAGCGAUGAGCCCACCAGUCUCUUGACAAACGAUCCUGAUCAAACGCCUCUCGGCGAGGAUCCAUUGCUCUAUUCAAUGCAACAUCGUCUUCUGGACAGCGACACUGACUCCGAGACCGAAACUGACAGCGACAUCGACAUCGACAUCGACAGCGGCAGCGGCAGCGAGGGCGAGGGCGAUCAGGUUCAAGCCAGAGCAUCCAGCAUCAAGCCCGUCCCUGAUCUUAGCUACAGUGGCAUCAAUGGGCAGUACACGGGCCACACGCUGGCGUCAGUGCAGUCGUCCGCUGGCUCGGCUGGCCGGAUCGGACCUUUUCGCGGCGUCAUCCGCUCAGUAAGAUCUGUACUGGGCGGCCAUAAUCUCACGCCACUUCAACGAAGCAUCUUCAAGUGCUCUCUCGCCUAUCUUUUCGCCUCUCUCUUCACCUAUUCUGCCACCUUGAGCCGCUGGCUAGCAAGCUUUCUGCCCAAUAAUGAUCCUGAUGGCGAUGUGCCAUUUUCCAACUUACACAUGAUCGCCACUGUAGCUGUCUACUUCCACCCUGCCAAAACGCUGGGUGCUAUGAUCGAGGCCGAUCUCUUCGCUCUCGGCGCUUUCGUUUAUGCAAUCACUCUCGGAUUCUGUUCCAUGGCCGUCGCUGUCUUUCUGCACGAGACCGAUCGCAUCGUCAUCUCGGACAUUGUCAGCGUCCUCUUCUUCCUUGGCAUUGGCAUCGCGCUCGUCGGCUACGCCAAAAUCAAAGUCGCCAAACCGCAGUUCAAUACAGCCUGCUCGCUCAUCUCGAUCAUCGUUUUCACCGUCGUAGUCAAAGAGGGUUCACUCCAUCUCGGCCACUUUUCAACGGAAAAAACGUUCCAAGUGACACUGGUCGUGCUGAUGGGCUCCUUGAUCAGUAAUGUCGUCUGCUUCUGCGUGUGGCCGCAAAGCGCCACUUCGAAUCUGCAAGGCGACAUAGUGCGUAAUCUGCGCGGUUUCUCCACCCUUUUGCGUGUCCUCACAAAGACAUUCCUGCUCGAGGACCCUUCCAACUUCCACUUUAAGAGCGAUCGCAUCAAGCGCGCCAUCGACGACCACCACGACAGUUUUACCUCUCUCAAAAAGAACCUGGAAGAGGCCAAGCUCGAGUCGUUGUUCGACUUGAGAAUGCGUGGCAUGAGCGCAAAGUAUGUCGUAGCUACCGACUCACUCAAUCGACUCGCACAGCACCUCGCAGGUCUUCGAAGCAGCUGCGGUCUACAGCAUCAGAUCAUGGCUGCGCGCAGAGAAGCGGUGCGAGCAACUAGAGAGGCGGCGCCAGAUUCAUCUCGUGCUGAACAUCAGGAAUCUACAUCACAAGACAGUACAACAGCACGUCCCACCAAAUCUCGCCCAGCUUCAACGAGACUGGCCCAUAUGUUCGAAUCAGAACCCGCUCUCGAGCCCUCCAGCCAAAACGGCAAGGCAAAUGCAUUUGAGGAUUUCAUCGCUAGUGUCGGGCCGCAUAUGCGCAGCCUUGUGUUUUCUUGCUGUCGUACGCUUCGAGGCUUGCGAUCAACCUUUGUGGCACGCGAUUCCACCGUGGUCUCUGAGCUCAAGCCACCUUGUACGGAUCAGAACGGAGGCAGCACAGGUACCUGGUAUAAUUCUGGUGCUACGUCAACUGGCGCUUACGUGCCAGGCUCCAGCUUUGAUGGCCUCCACAAUGAUAUCUCCAAGGCAUUGCGCAGAUUUCAACACGAGCAGACGGUUGCCAUCAAGCGCAUCUAUACCAUGGAGCCCAAGAAGAUGGCCCAGAAGCUCGAUGGCGAUGAGAUUGUCCAAAGCACUGAAGACGGCGAAGGAGCGGUCAGCAGCCUGAUGCAAGACAAGCAAGGAGACGAAGACGUCUUUCUGAUCUUUUUCUUCGUCUUCAAUCUGGAAGAAUUUGCCAAGGAGCUCGAAGUGCUGGUGGAAGCGCUCGAAGAGAUUCGCCAAGCAGAAGAGCGCAUUGCGCUGGCGAGGCAGACGUCUACAUGGAUGCGUGUUCGUCUGUUUGGUGGAACGCUUGGCACCAUGGUAUCCGAAUAUGCUUCUAUGCUCGGCUGGAGAUGGGGUACGGGCAGCAGAAGCGCCAAGAGAGACCGCGGAUACAGCAAAGCGUCGAAAGCCUCGAGGGCAGCCAAAAGGAUGACGACACCGCUCGACUUCCCCUCGAAUCGACGACAUGCCGUUGACACGCAUCAAACGCCCAAGGCAAUGACUUGGAAAGACAAGCUGCAGCGACUAGUCUGGCAGGUAGGAGAAUUUUUCCGUCAGCCGGAUACCAAGUUUGCGAUCAAGGCGGGUCUCGGAAGCGCUCUGUUGGCGAGUCCUGCUUUCUUUCCUUCGACGCGACCGAUGUUUACGAAGUUCCAAGGCCAGUGGGCGUUGGUCAGCUUCAUGGUGGUGCUUUCGCCGACAGUGGGGCAAUCGAACCACAUGAGCCUUCAUCGUAUCAUGGGGACCAUCAUGGGAGCUUGUGCUGCGGUCAGCAUUUACAAGUUGUUUCCAGACAACCACAUUGCGUUGCCCAUCUUCGGAAUGCUCUUCUCGAUUCCAUGCUUCCGCUACAUUGUGGGAAAGCCGCAGCUGGCGUCGAGUGGGCGCUUUGUGCUGCUCACGUACAACCUGACGGCGCUGUACAGCUACAAUCUUCGCAAGACGGGCAUCGAGGUAGAGCAGAUCGCUUACCAACGCACCGUGUCGGUGAUUGUGGGUGUGCUUUGGGCAACAAUUCUCAAUCAGCUCGUGUGGCCGUUUGAGGCACGACGGCAGCUGGCGCUGGGCGUGUCCGACGUGCUGUUCAAGCUGGCAUGGCUCUACCAGCGACUAGUUCUGUCGUAUUCGCGUGACCCAUCGCAGGUAGGAUCGCAGCGACUCGACGCCGGCGAGGCUUACGACGACGAGGAUGGCGACGAGCAGGACAAUGAUAGCGACGAUCAAGACGACGAAGAAGCGGCUCUGCUGAGCACGUUUGCGUCGGGGCACGGCGACGAGUUUCAGGCGAUUGAGCUGCACCUGCAGGUGUCGCUGAUCAAGUUGGAAGGGCUUCUGGCGCAGACGAAAAAUGAGCCGCGGCUGAAAGGGCCGUUCCCCGUCGCCACGUAUCGCUCGAUGCUGUCUUGCUGUCAAAACAUCUUGGACAAGCUGCACAGCAUGCGAUGCGUGACUGCACGUCAGGACUGGUACCGGCAUGUACGACGCGACUUUGUGAUCCCGGUGAAUGCGGAGCGACGCGAGAUGGUGGGAAAUGUUCUUCUCUACUUUUACACGCUCGGCUCGGCGUUUCAUCUGAAAAGCCCGGUGCCUCCGUACUUUCCACCGGCUGGCCAAUGCCGAGCUCGACUGCUGGAUCGGAUCCGGGAGCUGCCGGUGGUGAAGCGAAGGGCAGUGCGUGGAUCGAGUGCGUACCUGCUAUUCUACUCGUAUGCGUUGGCGAUGAAGGACGUGAUCGAUCAGCUGGAUUCGCUGGGCAGGUUGACACAGCAGAAUUUUGGUGUGUGGGGCGGCAGCGUCGACGAUUUCGAGCGACACUUUAUGGUGAGCGCAAACUCGGCUGCGCCGAGUCCGCUUGCUAGCAGAAAGCCAUCCACGACGAAGCUGCAGUCAUCUCGCUGCAGGUAG